CUUAGGGCCAGGUUGGCUGUGGUGGCUCCCUCUCGUAGAUACAAAGCUUUGCUCAUUGACCGUACAAAAAUAGCCACUCCUUGCCUCUUUCAUUCACACAAGCACACCCAAUCUGAGGUAGGGGGGGAGAGAGAGAGAGUGAGUUGUCAUAUGGGUUCAGAAAAAUCAGCCCAAGCUUUCUUUCGUUCUUUCUUCUCUUCUUCAACAAAAUGUGAUUCAUCGUCUUUUGAGCACUUGAUUUGAGCUUUGUCUUACAUUUAGUAUAUUAUAUUCUUCAUCUUACUGUAUGUACUACUAGCUUUCGUGCUUUUUGUACGGUGGAUAGCACAGUUUUUGUCCUUCUUGUAAUGCUUGUCUUUUGCAUAAAGCUAUUUUGUUCAAAAUUUUAGAGAUUUUCUUCAAUUUAUCAUUCAAAAUCUACUGUUUGAGUUCAAAAUUGUCACAAUUCAUUGAAAAAUUUCUGGGUAUCAACAAAUUUUCACUUUUAGUUUCUUCAGCGAAUCUGUGGGGAAGUUUGACAGUAAAAUUCUACAAUUUUCACUGUGAUUGUUGUAAGUUUCUUGAAAAAUGCUGCACACCAAGUCUGAGUCUGAUAUAGCUAGUUUAGCCCCAUCAUCCCCUUCAAGGUCUCCGAAGCGGCCUGUAUACUAUGUACAGAGCCCUUCAAGGGACUCUCAGGAUGGGGACAAGUCCUCAUCAAUGCAGGCCACUCCCAAUUUCCAUAGUCCAAUGGAGUCGCCUUCGCACCCGUCUUUCGGACGCCACUCCCGGAAUUCCUCAUCCAGUCGUUUUUCCGGGAUAUUUAGGUCGUCGUCGGGGAGAAAAGGUGGCCGGAAAAGCAAUGAUAAGGGGUGGCCGGAGUGUAAUGUGAUUGUAGAAGAGGGAAUGUAUGAUGAACUUGAUGAUGAUAAGGGGUUCACUCGGAGGUUACAGGUUUUGAUGGCUUUGCUUGGCUUUGUUGUUCUGUUUACUGUCUUUUGCCUGAUUAUAUGGGGUGCUGGCCGGCCUUAUAAAGCAGAGGUUACUGUGAAGAGCUUGGCGGUAGAUAACCUCUAUGUCGGGGUGGGUUCAGACAUGUCUGGGGUACCAACAAAGAUGCUGACAGUGAACUGCUCAUUGAGGAUGAGCAUAUACAACCCUGCUACAUUCUAUGGAAUUCACGUGAGCUCCUCUCCUGUCAAUCUCGUUUAUUCAGAGAUUACCGUUGCAACUGGUCAGUUGAAGAAAUACUAUCAGCCAAGAAAGAGUCACCGAUCUGUGGUGGUGAACUUAGAAGGAACUAAAGUUCCUUUGUAUGGAGCUGGAUCAAAUUUAACAGUCUCCGACAAUGGUGUCCAAGUUCCAUUGACGUUGGAGUUUGAAAUUCGGUCACGAGGAGAUCUCGUAGGGAAAUUGGUGCGGACAAAGCAUCGAAAGCAAAUAUCUUGCCCUUUGGUCAUUGACUCCACUAGCACCAAAACUAUGAAGUUCAAGAAGGGCUCCUGCAUUUAUGAUUGAAGUCUACUUGGUGACUUGCUUUUUUCUAGCUGUGGUGACUGCUUGUUUAAGCUGUCAAGCUUCUGGGUGUGUUCAUUUCCAGGAAGAUGAAUUUCAAUUUCCUUUAUCUAUAGUAAAACUUAAGUGAUCAAAAGCUGUAAAGGGUUGAUUAGUAUUGUUCUCUCACAUUUUUUGUGCAAAUUAAUGUACGUAAAAUACGUAUUUGCAUGGAUUAUAUGUGAUUAAGUUUUACUUCAAAUUCAACCUACGGAUAUGUUCUUGUUUUAUUGGCAG